AUGUUGAACAAAAAACGAGUCAGACAAAGAUUUAGGAAUCGAAUCGCUGGAGAACUUCCAAAUGUUCGUUCUGAAGAAGAAGCAAAACCAAUUUUAACGAUUCCGAGCUGCUCCACCGUCUUCAAUAGCUCAAUUGACGUCAACAAUCAACAUUCAACCAACUGUAAAAUGCCUGCCAAGGAUGAUUUCGCCCAUUCAUUCGAACUGGCUCCAAUUAAGCCAAGAGGAGAGGCGUUCAACUUUGAACUUUCGAGAGACGAGAUUCGAUCACGGAAUGCAGGUUUCCGAGCUGUAAUUGUGGAGAAGUGGAUGGCCAGUCUUGUGGAACAUCGUCGUGUCCUUGUGUACACGUGUUCAAGAACGGACGGCACUUCUGAGAAUGCGCCAUGGCAUGAUCGCCAAACUGGGGAAAGACCAAGAUGGCCACGAAAAUCACCUCGCAACGAAGUUGGACACUACCACUGCAAGUCCAUCGCCAUGGCUCCCAAUUGUCUUCCCAUCGACAAACACUGUGAAAAACCACAGUCAUCCCAAUCGCAAGAGCCGAAGUUGAAAAGAGCGUCCAGGGAUCUGCCAACACCUAUCUUAUCCCUCGUUGGAGCGAGUGUCGCAUUCAUGCUUAUUAUCUUCGUCGGAGCGUUUUUCUACUGCCGUCAUUGA